AUGUCGUCCAACUCUAUCAAAUUGUUGACUGGCAACAGUCACCCGGAGCUGGCCCAGCUCGUGGCCGAUCGCCUCGGCAUCGAGUUGACCAAGAUUAUGGUCUUGCAGUACUCCAACCAGGAGACCAGUGUGACCAUCGGAGAGAGUGUGCGAGACGAAGAUGUCUUCAUUCUGCAGUCAACACGACCCAACGAUAUCAAUGACGGUCUCAUGGAGCUUCUGAUCAUGAUCAAUGCCUGCAAGACUGCCUCCGCUCGCCGCAUCACUGCCGUCAUCCCCAAUUUCCCUUACGCCCGCCAGGACAAGAAGGACAAGAGCCGCGCUCCCAUCACUGCCAAGCUCAUGGCCAACAUGCUGCAGACUGCUGGAUGCAACCACGUUAUUACCAUGGAUCUGCAUGCCUCCCAGAUCCAGGGCUUCUUCAAUGUGCCCGUCGACAACUUGUAUGCUGAGCCCAGUAUACUGAAGUGGAUCCGCGAAAACCUCGACGUCAGCAACUGCAUCAUUGUCUCCCCCGAUGCCGGUGGUGCCAAGCGUGCGACUGCCAUCGCCGAUCGCCUCGAUCUCCAAUUCGCUCUGAUCCACAAGGAACGUGCCCGUCCAAACGAGGUUUCUCGCAUGGUCCUCGUCGGCAACGUCAAGGACAAGGUCGCCAUCAUCGUCGACGACAUGGCCGACACCUGCGGCACGCUCGUCAAGGCCGCCGACACGGUCAUGCAGCACGGCGCUAUGGAAGUCAACGCCAUCGUUGUCCACGGCAUCCUGUCCGGCAAGGCGAUCGAGAACCUGAACAGCAGCCGCCUCAGCCGCUUGGUGGUUACCAACACCGUCCCCCACGCCGAGAAGAAGGAGCAGUGCGAUCGUAUUGAGACUAUCGACGUCAGCCCCACCCUCGCUGAGGCCUGCCGCCGUACCCACAACGGCGAGUCCGUCAGCUUCCUCUUCUCCCAUGCUGUCGCGUGA